CGGAUGAUCCGCUGUGGCGACCCCUAAUGGUAGAAGCAGAAAGAAGAAGAACACAGAUUAACCGAAUGAUCUGCACAGUGUGGUUACAAAAAAUAUAGACAUUCCUGGAACUUCUAGUCCAGUGAAAUUGAUAGACCAGAAUUAAAUGUUGUAUUAAAUGUGGUCAUAUAGCACAAGCCUUGUUUACUUCAUUGUUACUGCCAAGACUGUACUUGUACUGUACCAUUAACUAUCUAGCUUUACAAAAAAGCAAUGCACAUUAUUGUCCUGUUUUUCCCAGUAUGGAUUUAAGUAACUAACAAGAGAUCUUCUCGGAGGAGUUACAAGGUCUUUCUUUCUCUUUGUUCAGCAUUUCUGUUUACAGCCUGUGCAUUCUUUGCAACACAAUCAUUUCAAAAGCUGGUAUCACCUUCCCUGUGAUCUGUGAACUUUCGCUCCAGGAAAAAUUGAGGCAUGAUAAUUCUAAUCGAAGUUCUAGUGUAGAAUUCACCGUAACCCGUUAUUAGCUCAUUUUAUUGAGCAAAUGUCAUGUAUUUUUCUGUCUUUCUCACUGUAUGCUUUAUUAUCUUUCGGGCUUAACCUUCUAAAGCUGAUCAUUCAAAUCACAGCAAACUAACACUUUUUUGAACAGUUGAAUGAAUGAAUUGCAAAGGAAAAUGCUGUCUCUUCUCUGUUACAGUGACUUUUGCAGGUUCUCCCGGGCAGCACAGAAAGUCAGGAUUGUGAGAACAGUGUAAUGACGUAUUGGAACUCUUCAACCAUUGUGUUCUGGAAAGUUUUGUAUGCAAAUAUUCCUUUUCGGCUGUUGAGAGAGAAUAAGAAUGCAGUCAGGCACUAACGGGAAAAUACACUUUGUUGUUUUUUUCCUCUCCGUCUUCUUCAAUGGUUCGUGUACAAGCGCUGCUGUUUGUGAGAACUGAAGGGUGAUAAGACACUCAUUUGACUUGUUCGCUACACCCGGAGGAAAUGAUGUCAUUUUGCACACGAAGAAGACUCUAUCUCGCAGCUGGCCGAGAACAGAGGAGAAACACACAGCCAUACCCACAUGUGUGGCUGAGGCAUUGUUAUUACAGAAAGACUUGCUGGUCACAUCAAUUUUCUCCAACAGACUGAUAUAAGAACAAGGGAAUUGUGGGAAAAAAGGUGGCAAAAAGGUUUCCGCCAAGGAACCAGUGAUCUGUUCUUGGCAAUGCCUCAGCCUAGUGUCAGUGGAAUGGAUCCUCCCUUUGGGGAUGCCUUUCAAAACUACACUUUCGCUGACCAGGCACUGACUAGCACAGACCUGUUAGCCAACAACUCUGACCCAGACUUCAUUUAUGAACUGGACAGAGACAUGACUUGUCGCCAGAGCCCUGGAAGUGAGGAGUUUGAAGUUGAGGACUGCAAAGAGUUUGACAGUAUGGAAAAUCCUCCAGAACUAAUAGACACUGACUUGACUUACAGCUCCAACUUUGAACAGUGGGACACGUAUUGGGAAGACUUGACCAAGUACACUCGCCUCACCAGCUGUGACAUCUGGGGCACAAAGGAAGUGGAUUUCUUAGGCUUGGAUGAUUUCUCCAGUCCUUACCAAGAUGAGGAAGUCAUAGGCCGUACACCCACCUUGGCUCAGCUCAACAGUGAGGACUCUCAGCCGGUGUGUGACAAUUUAUACCUUCCAGAUUCAUUGUCAGGCCAAAAGCAGACUGUUUUUCCUCCACCAGCGGUAGGCAAAAAGAUGGGCAGAACCACCACUUCUGUCACGUCCUCCAACCACAGUACACUGCCGGAUUACGCCGAAGGUUCACAAAAAGCCACGUGGCCAGUGCCCUCUUGCACUGAGACUAUGGCAAAGGCCCAGAUGCAAGGGCCUAGUAGGAUUUCAUCUCCACAACCAGAGAACACAGAUUAUGUUCGCAAGGCAAAGGUUCGCAUUAGCGUACCACGUAAGCCCUUCCCAGAUAGUUGUGCUCAGCAAAUCACCGUGUCUACCAGCUCCACUCUUACUAAAGAGCAUGAGUCAAGUGCUUCUUUGAUCGGCAAUGCCCAAGCAGCCACUACUGACACUCCAUCUUCUCUGAUUCCCCUGGUUUGUGAGAAAAGUGUUGAAGUCUGUAAACAAGAAGCUCCAUGUGGCUCUACUCCAGAGGUGGGGUUGUCGAGAGGAAAGCCACAGAAGCUUAACUUCCCUGUGGCCGGCAUCAGUGAAACGUUACUCACCGUGAGUGCCCUCGGGGCCGACGCGACCGCUGCCGCUGAGAAGAAGAAAGAGGAGGAGCACAACUACUCGCUGUUCUUGACCAGGGCCAGGCUUGCAGGCAAAGCGUCCACUGAUAUGGAGGAAGAUGAAGACGAGGAAGAAGAAGAGGUCGAGGAGGAAGAGGAAGAGGAGGAGGCUGAGGGGGUGGAUUUGGAUGACGAAGACCACGAUGAAGGAUUUGGCAGCGAGCAUGAGCUUUCGGAAAACGAAGAGGAAGAUGAGGAAGAAGACGACGACUAUGAGGGAGACAAAGACGAUGACAUCAGCGAUGCGUUCUCAGAGCCAGGAUGUGACACAGACAUGGUAGAGGAUGUCAAAGGUUUGACACCUGGAAUUUCCAGGAAGAGGGGCAAGCGUCGAUACUUCUGGGAAUACAGCGAGCAGCUCACCCCAUCUAAACAAGAACGUAUGCUAAAACCUUCCGAGUGGGACAGAGACACCCUUCCCAGCAACAUGUAUCAAAAGAACGGCCUGCAUCAUGGAAAAUACACACUAAAGAAGUCUCGACGGACAGACGUAGAGGAUCUCACCCCCAACCCACGGAAGCUGCUUCAGAUUGGGAAUGAAUUGCACAAACUUAACAAGGUGAUUAGUGACCUGACCCCUGUUAGUGAGCUCCCCUUGACUGCGCGGCCUCGAUCUCGAAAGGAGAAAAACAAGCUUGCAUCCAGGGCCUGCAGACUGAAAAAGAAAGCUCAAUAUGAAGCAAACAAAGUCAAGCUAUGGGGCCUGGGCACUGAAUAUGAUCGAUUGCUGUUUGUGAUUAAUACAAUCAAAGAGGAGAUUGUGAACAGAGUUCAAGAUAACUCGAAUAACAACGGGACAAGUAUGGCAGAAAAGCUUGACAAGCUCAUAGAGGAGACACUAGUGCAGUCACCAGUAGCUGGCCAGACUUCAGACUUUGUGAACCAGAUCCUUGAGAAUACAGGCAAAGGUGAUCCCACUGGAGGUCUAGUGGGACUGCGUGUGCCCACACUGAAAGUGUAGAGGCAUACAGAUAGUAUUUGGAAGCACACUCGAAGCCAUCCGCGCCAUUCCUGUCUCACACUGUAACGGCCCAACACUCUGCAUGCCCAUGUCAACAGGAGAUGCUCAAAAUGCUUAAUGUGGAUAUAUGCAUACGAACACCUGUCCAUCUGUGCAGACGUAUGUAUAUAUUCGCCUUCCACGCACCUACAGAAUUCUCUGCACUCAGUAGUCUUUUUCCUUACCAUGUGUGCAUGUGGCUGGUUGAAAAAACCUCCAUCUGCAAGCCACCAUUUUGCAAAAUUCAAAAGCCAAUUGACGAGAUACCUCCCGGAAUGAAUCAUCCUUUUACAAAAGAAGACGCAACUAGUUCCUGUUGUAGCCAUUUUUCCUUAUGUCCAGCAAAUGCCCCUUUACUGGAUACAGGAAGCAGAGGUGUUUUCUUUAGGGAAUAAUGCAUCAUUAUUAACAUUAAUUUAGACUCUGGAUAGAAAAAGUCAUUCUACAACCUAAUACACACAUUUUUACCUGGUCAUUUAAAAUGUUCAAAAUUAACUAAACCUCUGCUUUCCUACUCUAGUGUCCUGGCUUUUGCAGGAUUAAACAAGUUAAAACUUUAUAUGCCAACUCUGACAAAGCCAACACAAACAUAUUAAUCAUCUAACUGUAUUGGAAAGCAAUUAAAAGAUUUACGUUACGCGUGUGAAUUUAGAAAAGGGACACAGCACGACAAUUAGAAUUGGGCUUGAAUGUUCUGUUCCUUUUGUCUUGGUGGUCUCAGGCCGAAAAAAAGAGAGAUUAUUGACUGACUGGAGCAGAUGGUCCAUUUAAAUCUCCUUGUUUACCUGGGAAGACGUAAUAUUUUGUAGUGGUAACUCCACUUCACUUUGAUCAAAGUGCCCUCACAUCAAAUGAUCGUGGACGUUUUCCGAAGUCGCAUUGAAGGGGCUCAAAUGUUUCCCUGACUCGGUCUUGUUCAUAUUUGUACUUAUUAAAAGUAAGAUUCAUUGUGCCUUGUAGAUAUGGAGGUGAUUUUACUUGAAAGCAAAUAGACCAUGUUUCAAGGAGAAAAAGAGCAGUGAGGCAAGUCAGACCUGCAAGUUUGCUGUGUAUUUCAGCUUGAUAAAGAUACUAUGAAUGGACAUAGGAACAUGAAAAAUAUUGAUUUAUGCCACAGAGUCUGUGCUAGGUAAAAUAAGAUGGCUCUGACAAAUAUUUCUUUCCUCUCUCUAUUUUGGUACUUCAUUUAAGUGUAGAAUGGAUGUGUGUGUGCUCGUGUGUGUGUGUGUGUGUGUGUGUGUGUGUGUGUGUGUGUGUGUGUGUGUGUGUGUGUGCGCGCUUGGGAGGGGGAGUGGUUAUUUUAAGUACUAUUCAUAUAUUAAAUACGAAAAGAAAAAAAAAGAACGAGAGAUUUGCACACUAUAUUCUGAUUGUUUUGUUUUUGUACCAAAGACACGUGCAACGUAAAUUGGCAUCUAGCCAGUUUAAGUAAGGUUUUGCACAGCUAUCCUGACACCGUAUUGAAUGUAAGUAAAAAAAAAAAAGUUGUAGGGUCAGGGAUUUUCAAUGAACUGUGAAGUUUGCUUGGGUCCAAUUAUCUACAGAAAGAAGCAUUCACUCGUAUCCUCCUAGCGCUCUUGUGCUGUUCUUUAGCUCUCAAGUUGAAGUGUUGCUUUGGAAACCUUUGUACUUAGAUCAAGCAGUUCAGUUUCCCACCAUGCAAUUUUUUCCAUUAAUGCUUUUUAAACGGUAGAGCUGAAGAUGCUUUUGUAAAUGCAUAUGUAUGACAUUAACGGAGAACCAAAAUGUUAGUUUAUUAAUAUUCUUUAGUUUUAUGGAGAAUAAGCAUACAGCAAAAACUUUAUCUUGAGUUUGUCAUGUGUAUAUUCCGUAAUUAAUACAUACACACUCUUGUAUAUGUAUUGAUAAAAUGGUACCUUUGUAACGGAUUAUGUUAAUAAGCGUGACUCAUUUUUAUAGCUUUAUAUUCACUGAGCAGCUUGGAAAUAAGAAAGAAAGACUUAUUCUCUGUAAUUUUUGCAAUGGUUACCUUGAUGUUUUCUGUUUUUAAUGUUCUAUGAACAUAUCUCUAAACCCUUUUUUGAGAAAGGCUUUGAUGAAUAUAUCAUCAGGACCUCAUGCUCAAACAAAUUUUAAACCUAGACGCAGUCAUAGGCUCUUCCUUGUCCAUAACUAAGAGUGCUUAUUCUUUGAGGCAGGAAAACAUUAUGAGAGAGAGCUUUAAAGUUGCACAAAUGAUUGCUAGCUGCUGCACCUUCAUAUUUGUCCAGUGUGAAAAGCUACUGCACUUCACAAUGCAGAACUGCAUGUUAUCUGGAAAGAAAGAAAAAAAAAGAGAGAAGAAAAAAAAAAAGCAUGAUUGAUAGUCAUGGUUUAUCUUCGGGUGUUUGUGGAGUUAUUUUUGAUUGAAUGAAAGAAGGGAGAAUAUUUUCCUCUACAGCCUCCAAAAUAGCUUUGUGAAAAAAAAUAAAAAAGCUAAAGACAUUUGUACACCAUAGUAGCUCAUUGAUGUUCUCUUUUUAAAUUUUUUUUUAUUAUUUCGUUUGGCAGCAUAGUAAUUUUGUAUAUACCAUUCAUGUUAGAGGCUAAUGUAAUUUGCAGUGUUCUCUUUAUACAUAGAAAUUAGAUAUAUCUUCUAUAUUUAUCUUGUGUGUAUAUACAAACAUAUAUAUUAUAUGUAAGAUAACUAAAGCACUUUGUCUAGACAAAAGAAAGAAAAAAAGGAAAAAAAAAGCAUUCUUUUCCUUCCAUCUGCUGCUAAACAGGCCUUGUUUGAAUGCUGCAGUGAGUACUUGACUUUUACCAUCUUAACCAGGACAGGUUGACAGUGAAGUCACGAAAGGACAGGCCCCUGUGUGACGACAAGUCAAGCGUCACAAACUCCAUUUGCCUUUAGUAGACAUUUCCUAUGGAAAAGUGCAAAUUCUGCUUUGUGUUCUUCUUCAGGUUGAUGUACAGUAUUGACAUGUUCUCUUUGGACAUUGCCAGAGGUGAAUAUUGUUAUCAAUAAUUUUUUUUUAAGUAAUUUGUACUUAAAGGUGGAAAUCGGAGGUGAUUGAGGAAGCGUAAGCUCCUUAUUAGUGGUUCAGAAAAAAAAAAAAAAAAACUAUAUCGCUGUACUGUAAGGCAAAUCUUGUUUGCCAUAGGGAAUUAAUCAGACUACAUCGAUUUUGCCUUUCCAAACACCCAUCCAUUCUUGAUAAAGGGCAAGGCUUGAAAAGCUUUGCUGCUAUGAAAACUUAUCCUGGCCUUCACCUUGCCAUCUUGAAUUAAAACCUCUGGCAUUGGCUCUCAGUAGUUAUGACCAAUUUGUAAUUAAAACAAAAAAAAAAAAAACAUUUGGCAAGUGACAAUGAGCAUGGAGAAUUAAGGUGGAGGUGCAUGUUUAUAAGUCAGUGGCCUGCUGUAGUGGGAAAAUAUCUGUGUUUGUCUUAGUUUUUUUUUUUUUAUUAUUAAUUCAGUUUCUUGCAUUUGAUGUGACAUUGUGAGUUUAAGUGUUUAACUCGAGAGACUCUGUGGCAUUCGGUUAAGGAUAUGGUUGUUAUUCAAAGCCAGUAAUUUUUUUUUCCUGUUGUUUGGUUUUUAAAUUAAAGCAUGAAAAAGCUAUUGCAUUAUGUGAAUUUUACAUAUAGCUUAAGUUAGAGUUAAUAAAGGGGCCUCUGCUGCAAAUCUAUCCUAACACAAAUCUGAAAUAUUUCUGAUCUUCAAAACUUGUACAUUAUAAUAUUAUACACACUGCUCUUAAGCUGGAAUAUAUUUAAAAAUAUUAAUUGUUUAGUAGAGUACCUAACAUUUAUUUUGCAUGUGUUCCUUCAUUAUAUUUGCUUCAUACAGCGAUAACUGCUUUUUCCAGUUUAGAAAUAAUGAUCCAACCAGCAGUUUGUUUGUUUAUUCGAUGUAUUUUUUUUUUUGCAUAUUAUCCUGAGUCUCAGUUAACAUUUUUCCAUUAUUGUUGCCAGAUUGCAAUCCUAAAAACGAGUAAGCUAUCUAUUGAAUCCAAAUUGUGCUUCUAUUUGUUGUCUGCACUAUAUACAAAUUAAAUGAAUGUUUGGUUGAAGCUGCUUAACCAUUUUUGUUAUAUUGUACAGAAAAUCAGUAACCAUUCCUUGUUCUGUUUGAUUUAUGUGUAAGCCCACUCCUAACUAAAAAAAUAUUUUUCUUGUUUGUUGAGUAUUUGCCACUGUAUCUGUACAGAGAAAUGGCCAGUUGGAUCCCAGUAAAAAAAAAAAAAAAAAGAAAAGAAAGAAAAAGUUACGGAAACAUUUCUUGCAUCAUUUUCCAAAAUGGCUACAGUACGCAUUUGAAAAGAGAGAUGUUUGUGUUCAUGUGUUUCCUUUUCAUUUGUAUAAUUUUGGCAUGCAUAGUUUUGUACAUAUGUGUCCUGAGCAUGUGACAGACAUAGCUCUAAGUGGUGCAUUUUGUAUGUCUUUGUAGUAAAUUGGGAUGCUCUCCCAGUAAAGAAAUAUUGGCUCUUUUUGUUUUUACUAAGAAAUUGUAUCUAAUAAUGUUCAGGUUAAGUCUAAAAGUUGUACCUUAUGGUGGCCAUAACUUACUAUUAAAGGAUGAUAAAUGGUUUAGAGCAUUUGCUAAACCUUUUAUGAGAGACAGUCUGUCUUAUUGUUAAUAAAUAAACAUGCCCAUUCAAGUAUAUUUACCCAAUUGGAUGGUUGUCCGUUAAGUUGUUCUGUCUGAUGGUUUGUCAUGUAAUGGACCUUUUACCAAGCUUUUAUUUUUUAUUUUUCAUACAUUUUGUUACUAAUUAAAAAACCUAAAAAUGAUUUCACAGAAGUAGAUGUCUAAGAAGAUUAGAUAAGACUAAUGCUAAAACACUGUCGCUUCAAGAGUGCUCUAGUAUGGCAUUCCUCAAGCUUACUAUUGCUUGAAAUUGUUAUUUGUUUUAAAGCUUUUUUUUUUUUUGUAUCGUAUCACAAGUAUCUAAUUGUCAUUUGAGUGUGAAGAUGAAGUAUGAACAUUGUGCAUGAUGACUUAACUCACUUCAUACAAUACAGAGUAAUCAACCAUCCAGUGAGACCAUGACAAGGACAUUGAGUAGAGAUUAUACACACUGAUCAAGUCACUGAACUUAAACAAUGAGCACAAGGGGGUGGAUUAUAGACGCCACACAGACUCUGUUGUAAACAUAAUGCAGUGGUGCUCCAGCCUUUUUAUGUGAUUGCAGAUUACUUCAAGCUGAAAACAACCCUCAUUGCACUUGGUCUAACUACAAAUUACAAAUUGUUUUUUAAAUGAUGCCUGCAAUAUCAGGUGCCUUAUUCAAACAAAUGAAAUAUCCAAACUUGAUUUAAUGAUGUUUUAUAAGGAAACUUCAGCCCAUUAUGCCAAGAACUAAAUCAAGAGUUUUGUUUUCUGUAGUUUUGAGAUGUCUGCAGAAUGAGAGCUGUUGCUGCUUUGCCUCAGACAGUUUUCAUGUUAAGAUGAAUGUAGUCUUCCUUCAGUGAAGUCAAUUCAAUAUGUUAAGCUUGUACAUUUUAACUUGUGGAACAUUCUGGUUAAGAGACUAUCCAAAGAGUGCAGCAGUCACGAUGUAGAGUUGUUUUUAAAAUGCUAAUAUUGUUUCUAUUUACACCAUGUUUUGUUUUGUUUAUUUUUAUUUGUUAGUUUGUACAUUGGGUUCAAAUCAAUUGGUGAAUGCACAAGUCCAAACCUUUCCUUUUUCAAUGAUAUUGCUUUACUUUUUUUUUCUGUUUGGUUAGAGUGAAAUAUUUUUUUUUUUCAUAAUUCCAGAAUGAUACACGAAAAGGUCUUGCUAAAAUAAAUUUAGCAGACCUGCAGUGGAUUAAAGACUUCCUUAGGAGCCCUUGAAGGAGCAGGUAGAUCAGCCUUGGAAAGACAACGUCAGACCUUGUAAGCAUUGUGUUCCCUCACCAACAUUCAAGAUUUUUGUGCCUCUUAAUUCUUCUGGUUCUACUGUUCCUCCGAUUACCAUGUGAUUUUAUCUGGAACAGUCUUAUUCAUUCACCAACAGAAUGGCCUUCACCACUUUACUCUCCAACGAACAGAAAAUCUCCAAUUUUCCAAAUACAGAUCCACGACACAUGUAGACAUAACGUUGUUUGACAGAUCUGAGAUCCUGUGUCACUGGAUAAGAGGGCAGGAAGCAGAAGACUGUAUUGUUUUUGUUAAUAUUUGUGAAGCUGUUCACUUGUGCGAGUUGCCGACAGCAUGUUUUCCCUGUACCUGACCACAUCCAUAGAGAAGUCCAGAGUCUUCUCUCCAUAGCCGCAUGGCUUCCCUCGAUGCUUUUUGAAGGAAAGGAAGCUCUUUGUGCGAAACAAAACAUGGACUUUGGGUAGGAGUGCCGUCUCGCCGCCCAUUGGUGCUGAAUUUUGAAAAUACAUACUUGAACACCCUCAGUGGCAUGAGAGCUGUGACGUAUAAUCUGUUGUCAGGCUCACAAACUUAUUUCUUCCACUCCUUUGCAAGAAACAGUGCUGGACAGUGGUCAGUUUGACAUCAGUUGGAGCCACUGUAAACACCCGUGCCAAGGCCUCGUCCUUAUUAUAGGAUGACUGUAAUGGCAUGGACAGGACCUGCGGUCGGGUGGGAGAGAGGGGUGUGUAAAUGUAGCGGUGGUAGCUCUUUUUGUUCACUUGUUUGUUUUUUUUAAGGAGGACAUCAGAGUGCUAGUAGGGUCACCUGGACUGUUGGCCCCAGUUUUCUCGACUUCAGAAGACAACCACACAACCUGAUAAUAACAAACCCUUGUGUUCUGUUUGUUUUGUUUCCUGAGCACCACACUCACACAUCACACUGCAAUGAUUUACAUCUCCUUCCAAACUUUGCCAAAUUUAUAUUGCCCUUGCUAAUUAGUGACCUUCGGCAUGGUUUCCAGAAAAGCAACAACCCCCCCCAAAAAAUGUUUAGCUUGUUUUGAAAUCCAUACAAUGUUCAAUUAUCAAUUGAUGGAAUUGUCACUCAUUGGGAAAAAAAAACCCCACACAAUUCAUAAACUUGAUGUAAUGCUUCUGAUUGUUGAUGCAUUUUGUUGUAUGGUAUUCUCCUAGAUAAAUUAGCAUGGGAUCUUUAAGUAGCUCGUACUGUGUGUGUACUCCCCAAGUGUAAAUUCUCUUUAUUUAUUUUUUGUCAUAGUAGGAAGGCUGUAUUUCAUUGCUAAGUGCUCUAAUUCUCUUGGUGAUUCUAAAGCAGAAUUCUGCAGUGUAUCCUACUGAAACUAACAGUUACAUGAUCCUAUUAGCAAUGUCUAUAUUUGUAGUUCACAUAUAUGCCUGUUCAAAUACAAUAUCUUACAAGUUGUUCUAUUUAUGUUUCAGUGUUGUGCUGUUUUCUUUUCUCAUGUUUUAUUAUUUUUUGUUAGGUUUUUUUUUUUUUGUUGGUUUUUUUUUCAUUUAUUUUUGGAGGCAAAACUGGUUGGAAAACAACUUGAUUUCUUAAGCAUUGUUAAUGUACAGAUAUGAAGUAGGCUUAAAAUCAGUUGUGACAUAUUUUUUAUGUGUCCACUUGUGCUAUUGUGCCUCUUUGUUUCUUUCUUAUUUUGUAUUAUCCUUAAAUAUGUCUCUGCAUUGUAUCAGCCCGGAGUUGGUACCACAACUUAGCUUGUAACCAUUAUAGUCUAAUGCUAUUAUUGAUUUUAAUAUCACAAAUAAACAUUAGAUACAGCA